AAAAUUAUCAGAAGAUGCAUGAUGAUUAUCGGGAGAAAUAUGUGUUUGAAGACGCUUUUUUUCACACGAAAAUUUUCAAAGAGCACAAAGGAAGUAUGGGAGAGAUACCUGCGUAAUAGCCAUAGAACUUCGCUUAAAAGAUUUAUCCAGAAUCAUCACGACGUGACAAAUGUGAUUUUAAAAAACACUGAAAUGACUUGCAAUCAUCUGACUCCGGAACUAAAAUUAUUCCUACUAACAGAGAAUUGUCCUUUAUAUCACGAGCCAUUCAAUGAUAAAUAUACAAAUGGAAUAUUUGAUUCCUUGACCAGAAAUGUAUUGCAAGAUCCAUUUUGGUCUAUUUAUUGGCCUGGAGGUCAAGUACUUGCGAGAUUCAUUUUGGAAGAAAAGGAAAGAAUUUUAGGCAGCAUGACACAAAAUGUGAAAAAAGAUACAAUAAGAAUACUGGAUUUGGGUGCGGGAUGCGGUGCUGUGGCGAUAGCUGUGAAAUUAAUGAAUGAAACGUGUAAGAUUGUUGCAAAUGACAUCAGUAAAGUCGCCUGUGUAGCUAUUGCGAUGAAUGCAAUAUUAAACAAUACGGACAUUGAGGUGUUGUGUAAAAACUUAUUAGAAAAACCACUAGAAGAUUCAUACGACAUGAUCUUUGUAGGUGAUUUAUUAUAUGACGAAGAAAUAGCGAACACCUUAGUGACUUGGUUGGGAGACGCACAUGAACGAGGUACACAAAUUUACCUAGGGGAUCCAGGAAGACACGGAUUAAAUGAAAAUUUUAGGAAACGAUUGAAAUUGAUACGACAAUAUUCCUUGCCUGAAAAUGUCAAGAAGGAAAAUAACGGUUAUGACAUGGCCACUGUAUGGAAAUUUAACUAAACUUGAGCAAUUCUAGAAUU